UGUUUAUAGUAAUGGGGAAUAUGCAAGGUGAUUAACAGUGUUUUGCAAAAAAUCAAACUAGCCUAACUUAAUCAUUAGAAAGGUAAUAUUAAGAUCUGGAACUGUGAUGUCCUUGUCUCUCUCAGCAGGGCCAUUAGAGUCUGAAGGACAGUGGAGAGCUGCUGGUGUGCUGGUCCCAGUGUGCCUCCUCGUGUUCCUUGUCCAUGCAGUCCAUUCUGAUAUGUCUCCUGGUCCCAUGCUCCUCUCAAGUGACUCUUGGUCCUUGGAGGUCUCCCACUGGAGACUGACCUCAAAGUCACCUUAGGCAGGAUGGCUCCUGGGACAGACUUACAAGAGGAGGUGACCACUUGUGCCAUCCCUAUGUGGUAACCCCUGGGGUUUUUUCUGUUCAGCCAUGGGCCAGAAAGAAUACCUCAGCCCAGCCAGCUCCCUGCAUAGGGCAUCUCAGGGACCUCCCCAAAACCUCAGCACAGAGCCUAUUGGCUGCUGUGCCACCGAGUGCCACCAGCAAGGAGAGAGCUGCCCUGGGAAGUGAGCAGCCCCUUCACCAUCCUGCUGCAUCUGUGAGGAGCUGCACCGCAGACACCAUGCAGCCCCAUGCCAUCCUCCUUCUGUUCUUCUUCUUCCCUGGGACCUGGGCAGAGCCAGAGGGCUCCCACAUGCUCAAGCUUCUCCAUUUUGCCACCUUCCAAAACAGCACCUCCGUGCUUGUGGGAGGACUGGGACUCUUGGGGGACGUGGAAAUGGGGUCUCUGGACAGCCGCACUGGGAACAUCCACUACUACCGGCCCUGGCUGCGCCCAUCCUUGCCGAAAGGUGACUGGGAAGUCAUCGAGAGCUCCAUCAAGUCAUACGUGAGAGAUUUCAGCAGGCUGGUGCAGAUGUACACCACAGUGCCCUACCCUUUUGUCUUCCAGUCCUCCAUGGGCUGUGAGCUCCAGUCCAACAGGACCAUCAGGACCUUCUUCGACAUUGCUUACAAGGGCCAGAAUUUCCUCCGUUUCUGCCUCGACACAGGCACUUGGGAUCAGAUGCAACAUAACCAGUUGGCAGCCGUAGCUGAGCACCUUAUGGUGAACGACAGCACUCUCAAUGAGGUGAUCCAAGUGCUCCUCAACGACACCUGUGUGGACAUUCUGAGAAUUUUCAUCCAAGCUGGGAAAGCAGAUCUGGAGAGGCAAGUGCCACCCAUUGCUGUGGUCUUCGCCCGCACGGCCGGCCCAGCGCAACUCCUGCUGGUUUGCCGUGUCACCAGCUUCUACCCGCGGCCCAUCACUGUCACCUGGCUGCGGGACGGCAGGGAGGUGCCCCCGAGCCCGGCGCUGAGCACUGGCACUGUGUUACCCAACGCCGACCUCACUUACCAGCUCCGCAGCACCCUGCUGGUAUCCCCCCGGGACGGGCACAGCUACGCCUGCCGCGUGCAGCACUGCAGCCUGGGUGACCGCAGCCUCCUCGUCCCCUGGGAGGACUCCAAGCGGGGACUGAGCGCGGGGCUCGGGGCCGUCCUGCUGCUGGCUGCGGCCGCCGUCGCCGCAGUGUUGGUGUGGAGAUACAGCGCCCACUCCCGUUGCAGAAAGCGACAGCGCGUGGACGAGGAGCGCACCAUCCCUCUGGAGGAGCACCGGAGCACAGCGCAGGAUGGGACAGCCGCGGGGCAGUACGGGGGCUGCGGCCGCGGAACGCCUGAGAUAUUUGUGCCCAAUCCCCCCCUCCAGCGAUGCCCACCAGCGGCGCUGGAAGCGCUGAGCAGCGCUGAGCUCUACUGUGCUCCGAGAGGAAAGCGACGCUCAAACACUGCCUUGCUCACCACCGAGAUGCGGUUUUUCCAGCUCUUCUACACGUUGCUCUUGGACAACAUCAGCUCCACAGAACUGAUUGGGAUGGCUCUGCUGGCAGAUGUGCCCAUAGGGGUGCUGGACCCGCACACCUGGAACUUAAACAUCUGCCGGCCAUGGGUCCACGAGGUCACAGCACAGAGUGAAGUGAAGAAGAUUCUGUCCUUCUCUGUGGGCCAUGGGAAUCACCUGGCAUGGAUCAGGGAAAGGGAAACAGAAAGGAAAAUAUUGCAGGGGGACAUUCUGGGGGACAGAGUGCUUAAGCUGCCGCCCUGCACUGCUCAGUCCUUCUCCUUUGGCAGCUCAUGUGGUCAUGGUGCCCAUCGUGCCCACACCUCCCCAGCCAUCCUCAUGUCCCCAUGCUCACAUACCCUUAUGCCCCUCGCAGACCCGUUGAUUUUCCAGAUCCACGUAGGCUGCAAGCUUUACACCAACGGAACGAGAUGGAGCUUUGUCAACAUUGGGGAAGGUGGCAGAGACCUGGUGACAUACGACCUGAGUAGGGAGCGCUGGGUUCCCCGGAGGUCUACCCCGCUGGCUGAGCUGAUGAGCAACACUCUCACUGACCUCCGGGCUGUGUCGGGGCUUCUGGAGCACAUCUUCUCCACCUCCUUGCCGAACUACAUCCUCAUGCUGCACAAGGAAGGGAGGACAGAUCUGGAGAGACGAGUGCCACCCAUUGCUGUGGUCUUCGCCCGCACGGCCGGCCCAGCGCAACUCCUGCUGGUUUGCCGUGUCACCAGCUUCUACCCGCGGCCCAUCACUGUCACCUGGCUGCGGGACGGCAGGGAGGUGCCCCCGAGCCCGGCGCUGAGCACUGGCACUGUGUUACCCAACGCCGACCUCACUUACCAGCUCCGCAGCACCCUGCUGGUAUCCCCCCGGGACGGGCACAGCUACGCCUGCCGCGUGCAGCACUGCAGCCUGGGUGACCGCAGCCUCCUUGUCCUCUGGGAAAACCCCAGUGCAUCUUCCACCAUCGUCAUCACCAUCACCAUCCUGCUCCUCACUGCCAUCAUCAUUGGGGCAGUUUGGUGGUGGAGGCACAGGAAACACGCUGGGUCUGGAAGGGAUUCCCGGGCAUUCCUCAUUUGAUGCCCACCCUGCACUGAGACCCUCACUCCCUGCUCCAUUUCCAAGCCAGCUGCACCGAUGGUGGUGACAAAGCAGUGCCACACCAGCAGGGGACAGAGCAGACCACAGAGGAACAUGGAGAUACGGCCAAGCAGCGUCACAAUUCUCAAGCCCAGAUCCCGUGGUUUAGGGGAAUUCAUUGCCUUAUGAAAAAGUGUCCCUCUCCUCUUCCCCUAACCCCGUACUGUGUCCCCAGCCUUGACCCAGUGUCUCUUCCUCAUCCCAGGGCUCUCACCUCAUCCUUUCUCCUACACCCACCGUAUGUCCCCCCUCACAGCCCCAGUCCCGUCCCUGCACCCCUUCUUCAGCCCAUGUCCUUUCACGUCCCAAACUGUCCCCACCACAUCCCACCCUGUCCCUCUUCUGCGCCACCUGUCCUUCCCAUCCCAUGCCCUCAUUCUGUCCCUGUCUCUCUUCCCAGUCCCCACAUCCCUCUGCUGUCCCCUGUAUCCCCUAUCCUGUGGCUCUGUGUGAGGUUGCUGUGUUGGCCCCCAGCAAAAUGGGGAAGAAUGAGGCAAAACCGUGAA